UUAGGUCCGUGCCCUGUUUUCCCUUCACUGGUAUGAUUAUUCAUAAAUAAAGGAAUCUUGGGGCUUCAAGAAUUUCCACCUCUUUCUUUUCCUGUGUCCUCCAGAAUGCCUUGUUUGUAGUAGUAUAGAUAAGGAUGUUGAUUGUAUCACAUGGACAUUAGCUCAUUCCUCCUAUACGGAACUCACUUUUGCCAACUUUAUUACAGAUGGAUGGACUAUUGUAAAUGGAGAUCAGAAUAAAUAGCAAUGUAUGACGAUUCCUACUAUAUGUGGGAAAGGCGUGUGUGGAUAAAAUACUCAAAUGAUAUUGAAUUUAUAGAACUUGCCAGCCCAUGCAUAAAUGAAAGUAAAACUAAAGUAUCUGAGGAUUGGAAGUUGGGAAUGGGAAGAUAAAUUUAAAACGACAGUUGGUGGGGAAGUAAUAUGGGAAUCGCCACUAACCUCGCUGCCUAAAUAUUUAUAUGGAAUCUGUGAUUCAACUUCAGAAGAUGUAUUUAUUAAUAUAGAUAUGACAUUUCCUCAUCAUGUAAAAGAUUCCACAGCUUAUAUUUUAAAUAAUUUGGAUGGACCAUUUACUGAUGAGUCUUUUGGAGCAAGAGAUAUUUAAAUUCUUAUAAAAAGAACAAUUUGUGGUGAUAAAGUUGUUGAGUUAUAAGAAUAAUGCGAUGAUGGCAAUUUGCUUCCAUUUGAUGGUUGCUUUGGCUGUAUGUUCUCAUGUGUAGAGGGAUGUUCAGUCUGUUAAGAUAUGAUCUGUCUUGAAUGUUUUGAGGGAUGGACUUAUUUAGAAAAUGAAUUUAGUUGUCAAAAACAAAUGGGUUAGGAAUUCUCUUGCAAUAAUUAUUAAAUUUAAUCCAUUGAUCAUUGUUUAUAAUUUAAUUCGGUCAUUUCUUAAGUAUGUGAGAAUGACACCUUUAUUGCAAACUAAUUAUUGUGUCUAACAUAAUGUUAGACUUGUAUAGACAAUGUUUGUUAUAAAUGUUAACCUGGAUAGAAUUUAAUUUUAGGUUAGUGUUAAGAUCUUUGCGGAGAUUAAAUAUCACCUUACACACUUGAGAAAUGUUUUUGUGAUCUAAAUUGUGAGGAAUGUGUGGAUAACAUAUGUUAUUCAUGUAAGAACAAUUUAAAAUUACUUGAUAACGAAUGCAUUAGUAUUUGCGGAGAUCUUGCAAUUUAAGAAUCUGAAGAUUGUGAUGAUGGUAAUGAUAUCGAAUUUGAUGGUUGUUUCUAUUGCCGUUAUUCUUGUCCAAAAGGAUGUGUUAACUGUGAAAAGGGAAAAUGUCUAGAUUUAUGUUUGCCAGGAUUUAAUUUUAUUAAUAAAGUCUGUUCUACAACUUGUGGGGAUUCCAUCAUAGCGGGCAACGAGUAAUGCGAAGAUAAUAAUACUUAAGAAUAUGACGGCUGUUAUCAAUGUAAGUUUUCAUGUCCUCUCAAUUGUUAUGAAUGUAUUGAUGGCAUUUGCAUUAAUUGUAAUAUUGGAUAUUAGUUAAUUGAAAAUUAAUGCUCAAAUGUAUGUGGAGAUGGGAUCUUGUAAGUUUAAGAAUAAUGUGAUGAUGGAAAUCUAGAUAGUGGAGAUGGAUGCUCUUAAACAUGUUAAGUGGAAAUUGAUUGGAUUUGCAAUUAAGGUUAUGAUUGCACAUUUGUUAAGUAUCCAUAGCUUAUGUGUGAAUUUAUCGAAUAGAAAAACUAAUACUAAUAUGCUAGAAUUAAAUUCUCUUAGAGAGUUUAAUUACUUUCUGAUAUUGAUUAUUAAGAUGUCAUAGAACUUUCAAUUAUUGAUUUGAAUGAAACUGAUUAUAAUAUCACCAUCAUAGAAGUUCAACCUCCAUAGUAUUAAGUUAUAUUAGAUGUAGAAUACAUUUUAUAAAUUGAGAUCUUUACUAAUUAGCUUUAGUAUCCGAUAUUAACAGUCAAAUUAACUGAAUAUUUGUACAAUGAUAAUCUAGCCCCUCUAGUAAAUAUGGAGAAUUAUUUAUGA